AUGGGGGUCAACCUGAAGGCCCCGCCGCCAACCCCGGAGCAGGCAGAGGAAGACGACAAAACGGAGCCUAGCCCGGCCGACGAGUUCAUUCCCGUGGCGGAACACAAGGUGCGUAGGACACUUCAGGCAGGUACAACUUCUGGUAGCUCCAGUGCUUCUAGUGUGGCGUCGCAGGGCAGUGCUGGUGUCGGUGCCCAACUCGCAACAACAAGGCCGAACAGUUCGCCGGCCCUUGCGAACAUCGCCAACCGAAGGACCGGAACAACGGCAGCGACGAACAAACCUGGCGCUGCGUCUAGUACAACAACUGCUACGGACGCAGGACCCUCCUCGGAACCGCGUCCAACUGCCGCUGCCGCGAUGGCCGCCUACACCAUUUCUGGAACCUCUCCGGCCACAACCACACAGCUGCCACGGGGCGUCGCAGUUGCCGCGGGAGGAGGUGGAUCAGCGUCUGCCUCUGGCCGCAGUGGCGUCGUUGCUGUUGGCGGUGGAAGCGCUCCUGCAGGGCAGCCGCUGCAGCAGGCCGCAUUUCCAGCAGACCAAUCGCAACCGCGCUCGACCAGCGCAUCGUCUUCUGGUGGUGGCCCGAGCACUGGAGUAAGUGCAGCAAAUUCAGGCUUGGCACGAACUUCGGGGGGAGCGACCGCAGCACAUCAGCAGCACGGGGGGCCGACAGCGAUUUCGAGGCAAAUUAGCCCUCCGAUGCCCUCCGUCCCGGAAGAAGCGGACGAGGACGAUGUGUUAUACACCGGCACUUCUGGAGGAGGUAGUAUGGACGUAGAAGACGACGGAAUGAUGGCCGACGUGGACGAGGCUGGUCCGACGGCUGCACAAAGCUUUUCUCCUCCUUCUUCACCUCCGGCGCAGCGCGGACAGCAGACAGACCCGCAAUUCAUUCGAGCCCUCGACACCCCGCGUGGGGCGCGCCCACCGCUCCCCUACGAUCAUGGCACCAAUCACCCUCCCCCGGCGAUACUUGCACGUGGCGGCGCCCAACCUGGAGUUGCGGCUGAGGUUGGUAGAGACGAAGUUGUCGCAGAGGAUCCACCACAGCGUGACAUCACCUCGAGCUCUACUUCGCCGUCUAGCAGCUCCACCGCCGAGACGUUGAGCAGUGGAACCGCAGUGCUGGAUGAAAGUGGUCAUCGCGAACCGCAGGGGACAGGGCUGACGGGGCUUGUUGGUGAUCAUGUGAGCAGCGAUGGUCGGGAGUACCAGCAGGAUCCUAGCGCGACGGAUGUUGAGCGGGAGAGAACACCAUCGGCCGAUUCGAGCAGCGACGGUGGUAGCCAUCCGGCACACGGUCAAGAGGAUACGCUCUCAGUGGGAGCGCAGGCGGACGUUUUUGUACAAGCGCAAGAGCAAGAACAGCUACAGUUCCCGCAGACACCCACUGGGCAAGAUCCACUAGUAGCCCGGCAAGUCAGGAGCCACAUGUCAGUCCCAGAAGAGGGCAGAGCGAAUGCGUCGAGUACUUCCAGCGCAGGACAGACGACACUUCAAAAUGCGGUCAGCAACGAGGCGCUGGACUGCUUUCGUCGGACACUUUCGCCACAUGAGAUCGACGCCAAACCGCUGGAUCCGAGCAUGCUGUUCGCAGCCGCCGCCUCGGCCGACAUGCCGGUUCCGGGCGGCAACUCGUCGCGGUUGGCGCGACCAGAUCUUCCGGAGGUCACGGACGAGAUGGGGCAGUGUGGCGACAGCUUGCUAUCGACCAUGGAACGACAGACCUCCACGGGAUCCGACCAGCAGGAGGUAGAGGAAGAGCAGGCUUUCGGGUCGGUAGGACAUUUGCCAACGCCGGGAGAGCUGAACCGAGACGACUUCUGGGCCAGCGACGCGGCGCGGACGAGGACAUCGUCGUACCAACAAAAGUCCUUGCGGCCCCGGCCGCCGAGGUUGCCGGAUAAUUCCGGCCAGUCGCGACCCAAGCCACCCGCAACUCCGAUGCCCGGCGGGACGAUGCCUUUCGGAGGGGGCGCCCGACCGCGAGCCGCCGGGUCCUCCUCCUCGUCGUCAACCUCCUCGAGUAGCGGGGCCAGUCCGGUCGUGCACGAGCAGCAAACGAGCGCCGGGAGCGUGCCUGUUUCUAGCGCGAGUUCAGCUCGCCCUGUGCGAGAAUUACUUCCAGAAGAGAGGGCGCAAUAUGAGGGGUCCGCGCCGGGGUUUGUAGAUGAGCGACCAGGUGCGGAGGCGGACGUGAAGGAGCAUUCUGGUAGCAAUGGCGGUGAUGUCGCUCAAGGAGCAUCCUUGCAUGUAGAGCAGGUUCUUCAGGAAGUUUCAGCGGUUCAAGCUCCUCUGCAGCCGGCACUUCAAGCAGAACCGAGACCACUAAACGAGGGUGCUAGUAUAACUAUGGGGGACCCGGGUGCGGCCGAGGGCGAUGGGCUUGGCAACGGGGCACUCGCUGAAUAG